AUGCUCCCGAACAAAAAGUUCCGCGUCUCCUCCACUCCCAGUAGGGAGAACAAACGUCUUGGUGGAUCUGAUGCGCGGACUGGAAUUGAUCGGAUGCUGCAGUUGCCAUUACACAGACCGGACUGCCUCCUCUCUCCCUCCGCGCCCCUCGACUCUUCCUCGAGCGAUCCUGCAACCUGGCCGUCAACUCUGGAAGAUGCGUCUGUAACCGUCCCAGGGCACAGUCACUACCAGUCUCCGCCAUCGUUGUCAUCGUCUAGCGGGGCUUUGGAUCUGCGAGUUAACAAGUGGAAGACACAGGAUGCCAGUCCACUCUCCCCCACCAACACGGUAUCGCCCCAGGCGCUGGGGUCGCCAGGCCUCCCCCUGCCUGCCAAUUUCAACGACCCACCGAUUGCAAUCAGCUGGAACCUUGCCCUGGUAAACGCCUUCUUUCGAGGCUUUCUCCAACGCCGGCUCUCACCCCCGGAGUCUGCGCCCUACGCCACGCCCUACUGCUCUACCGGGCCUCCCAUCGAGGCUGCACCGUCGAUGGCCAUUUCGACAGUACCGAAGACGUUGGAGCCGUCACGUAGGGAUCCAUCCUUAGAGAGUCCGCAUGUCAUUUCCGAGGGAGAGGUAAAUGGCGACUUUGGAAGGCGGGAUGUCGGGCGAUUCGCCUCCCCACCUAAUGUCUCAUCCACCCUCACCUCCGACGGUGGCAAGGAAUCGGUGAUCUUCUACGACCCCGAACCGGCCGACCGCGUGCAGAAGAUCAGGGUGAGCGCAGGACUAAUUUCUGAGUUUUAAUCACAUAAUGUGUCUAAUGUACUGUCCAAAACAUCCACGCGCUUUCUGUCAUGGCUGUAAAGUGGAACCCGCCGAUUUUGGCCUCCGAUCAUUCGCUCUGGUUGCAUGCUUGUCUUCCAGCCCUUAUUACUUAAUCGGACUGAUAAUGGUCAUCCCCACCGCUCGGGGUCCCUGAGGGAUUUCUGGGGUUUCCUAUCGCUUUUUCUGCCUUUCACCAAAAUAAAGGUUACGAUCUCAUGCAUAUUCUGGGAGGGACGUUCACGGGGUUAUUCCCUAACGUUGCGUUUUGUGGGUCCUCGCAGACAGUCGUAGAGCAGUGGGCUCAAGCCAUGGCAUUCUAUGCUCCCAUAUCUCUGUCUGUUCUCCCUUCUGUAUCGUUGCUGGUUGCCAUGUCAGUGAGUCUCAAGAAACAAUAGGAUGACUUGAUCCCACCACUUGGUCGGUGAACGUCUCCUCUCAUGAUAGCGACUAUCCCCGAUCUCAACCUUCAGGACAACGAACCAAUGGCUCCACAACGGAGCAGUAGACUUGUGAGCACUCAGUGACCGAAUAAGCCCGGUUCCAGUCCAACUUAUUGGUACUGCAUCAAGCGAUUACUAUUUAGUCCAAACGGUCGUUGUCAAACUGCCUGAGAUGUAAACAUCACUGCGUUUUCGUCCCAGUGCAAUAGCGUUGCGGAUGGAUGCUUCGGAAACAACUGUGCAAGAAUCCUGCUAUCCUCGCAUAUCAGAUAAUUUAUUAUCAACGUUUUGCCCCGAGUAUAUCAGUUAUUUGUAUAAACGGAAAUAUAUUCCCGUUUUUAAAAAACAGGAACUACUGCGCAACCGAGACCCCAGACUCAAGUACGUCAAUGACGGGGCUGCCAUUAAGAACCCCUUCGCCGUCGACCGCAAGGUGCAGAUCAGUGUGCUGACCGAGAUGCUUUGUGAGUUACUCACUCUCUCUCUCUCUCUCUCUCUCUCUCUCUUUCUUGAAUUGCCAAUGGCUUCUAAAAGCACAAUCUAAAUUAAAAUGCCUAUUUAUUCUGCCUUAUUUAGUUAAAGGCAACAAUUGUGUGCUUCAUAUGGUAAAUUUCUAGCAUGAGUGAGCACGAUUCUAAGCGUUGUCAGUUGGCGAGCUGAUGGCGGCUAUCAAGUCCAUCUUGUCUUCAUUUGUACAUCUUAUAUGGAAAUGGUCAACCUAGACUCCACUGUCUUUGUAGGCAAUUCCGUACUGCAUAUAUCAGCUCAAUCUUUAUCUUCAAUUAUAUCUUACCCAAGCCCGAAGUGUGGUUAUAUUUUAACAAACUGACAAAACAGGCAUGGGGGACGUGGCGGUAGUUAACAGACUGCGGGGGCUUGUUGCAGCUGUUUUAAGAUUCUGGAAAUGUACGAUUCAGGAAAUGUACGAUUCAGGAAAUGUACGAAACCACACACGUUCACUUACUCCACGAAUGUUUAUCGAAAGUGCCACUUGUUGAUGUAUCAGAUAUAUAUAAAACGAUCCUAAAAUAGAGGUAAUUUAUCUGAGUACGACAAAAGUCUCACACGAAACGUUCGGAUCGAAAAAUGACCCAAUCAUUAUUGUCUCCUUUAAUACCAGUCCCAGUCGUGACCUUCGACUCAGACCAAAACUGCGAGGGUUACCAGUAUUCGGAGCACAAGUGUUCUUGACCAGUCUUGUUUAAACAGAAUGACUUUGUCGACGAAGGGGGUCCCCUGAACAUCUCUAUCAGGAGUUCGCAGACAUUAAUCGAAGUUCCUGCAGCUGAGCAUUGCUUUAUGCCCAAAAAGCCAUUUCUUCAGUAUGCUGUCGGCGGAAUCCUUAGUAAUAUCAUCUUCUUUAUCAAACCGCUGAACUGCAACUUCUGGUUUUUUCAUAUUUUCGCACAACAUCAUAGUCAGCCAGGUCAUUAGUUGAUAUGUGUAAUCUGCCACUCUACAGCACUCCUGAAUGGAAACCGUUUUUCAAACAGUUUUGAAUGCGAUCCGGCAGGAUUACUGACGUUGGAAGCUUGGAGUUGACCCUAAAAGUCAUGCCCCAUGUACUUGACUCCAAGUCCUUCCCUUAGCAAUUUGCUUCGCACUCGUAUCUGGAGUUCAUGUAUGACUGAAGCCAUAUAGGGGACGCCGGAGGAAGGCAAAAUUUCGAGUUCCAGGUGUAUGCAUAUUUGAAGAAGAAGAAGAGUCGAGCAUCGGAACACUUCGUUUAUUAUCCUGAGCUUUCAGACUCGUACAGGAGUCCAUCGUCAGAGGAAGUGGCAGAAACAGGAUAAACGGCAGUCAAUCGAUUUAUCGAUCUGGCGCCGGCGUACAGAGCCCUUCGUAGUCACCUCCAGUCGUGCGACGUCGAUCGAUGAUUGGGGCCUACGUGCCUUAUAACUGCCGUUUAUCCUGUUUCUGCCACUUCCUCUGACGAUGGACUCCUGUACGAGUCUGAAAGCUCAGGAUAAUAAACGAAGUGUUCCGAUGCUCGACUCUUCUUCUUCUUCAAAUAUGACUGAAGCCAUAUAGGGGACGCCGGAGGACUCACUGAGGAGGGCGACUGCCGAUGUUGAGAAAGCGUCAAUACCACCGUCACAUAAGUGAAGGCAGACGCCAUCAGUUAGUCGACCAGACAACGUACCCUGGAACGGUAUCAGACUCCUGCUCCCUCCGCCCCCCCCCCCCUCCAAGUGCGUGCGGUUGGUUUGAGCUUCCCAUGCUCUGUUUCUGCUUCGCAAAGAAGGUAUACUUCAUCUCCAGCGACUAUCCUGCCGAACUUCUAAGGGGAUCAUCUUGCGCGUUUAAGGUUGAUCAUUUGAGUCAAUACUGUGUGGGCCAUUUGUGAUAGUGCGGAGUUCUAGGUAAUAUCUGGAAGCCAGUCUUUUUGUAGUUUGACACAACCCCGAUUUAUAUCACACUCGGUCCCUCUGAACAUGUUCUGACUGAUAAUUGUGAAGAGUAAUUGUUAGUAGUCAUAAAAAUAUUGCUGCUGCCCCUACUCGGUUACUCAGAGGGGAUUCUCGAUGGCACCUGCGUGUGGCCUAGAGCUUUUCCACAGACAUCAUUCAUUGGCAGACCCCGGCACCCUGCAGUCUUGGGAGUUGGCCCCCUGAGGUAAGAGCCACUAAGUGACGAUGAGGGGAUUACUUUUAACUACUGAUCAACAUGAACUUCCGGGCGCCAGCACGGGAAGGGGGGGGGGGUGGAGACGACUGAUUUGUAGCCUAAGGGGCGACAACAGCCAUUUGUGCUAGCUAGAACUCUACAAUUCCCGAUCAUCUACUUGUGGAGUUGACGAUGCACCUUUGAAUUUUCUGGCGUUAAACGUGAGGCGGGGGUGGGGGGGGGGAGGUUUGAGCACAGGCCGUGAGGACAGAUGUCUGCACCUUCCGAUGCCAGAAGUUUGCGCGCUGGGCCCUACCGUGCGCAUUACACUGAGGUCGCCCCGACACCAGCCGGAACUCUUGAAUACAUUUACCGCUCUUUAGCAUUCGUCAACUCCCCGCGUAAAUGGUGACGGGCUUGACCUCGCACACAUUACGUAAGUACGUACGACAGCGAGGCAUUUGCACUCAACUGCGAGUUGGAACCACGUGCCUCGAGUGGUCGCGGGGCAGGCCACUUUGUAACUAGGGCCCCGGCUUAAUCAAAAUUCUGGAAACCCCGGUUAACCAACGCAGAAAAGGACACGGUGACCAACCGCAGAACGGCCGCACUGGGGGACGCGCUCGCGUCGGCUUCUGUGCUCGCGCGCGCGGGGGGGGGGAGUUGGAAGUAGCCUCACAAAGUCUGGAUGCCAUCAGCAGCGCGCAGACAAGGUUGGCCGUUGUGAGUCUAUUAACUGUCCAAACGGCCACCGUCUGGGAGGGAGUUGGCUCAACAGAUCAGCCGCCCCACGUCGAAUCGGCCGGUCAGCUCAAAGUGUUAAUGAGAACGACAGCGAUGUGAUGACGUCGGCGACAGUUGCCACGGUCGGCUCACACCUCCGGUGGGUGGGCCGUAGUGACAGUGAUGGAGGCCAUUCGUUCCGUUCUGCGUUUCAUCAUAAGUAGCCGCAGAGUUAUCAGGGAGGUGGGGGAGGGGAGGGCAAUAAGAGGGGCAGGGGCCGAGCGCAGCUUAGUGGGGGGUGCCGCCCCGCUGGUCAGCUUUAACUUUUAGCGCCAGUCUCUCCCACCGCCCCAAGGGGGCCACAACUGGCCGCUAGAAGUCACUAAAAAGCUGUCCUGAGGGCUGACGCUCUUCGGGUCGUCGACGUCCUACUUUUUUCAUAUUUGUCCCGUUUUGACUUCUUCGCAUACCUCCCUCCUCCUCCUCCUCCUCCUCCUCCUCACUCACUCACUCACUCACUCACUCCCUCCCUCCCUCCUCUUCGUUACUAUUUCUACUACUACUACUACUACUACUACUACUACUACUACUACUACUACUGCUACUACUACUACUACUACUACUACUACUACUACUACUACUAUUACUACUACUACUACUACUACUACUACUACUACUACUACUACUACUACUACUACUACUGCUACUACUACUACUACUACUGCUACUACUGCUACUGCUAAUACUGCCACUACUACUACUGUUACUACUUCUACCACCACCACCACCACCGCCGCCGCCGCCACCACCUCCUCCUCCCUCCUAUUCGUCACUAUUACUACUACUGCUAUUAUUAUUAUUACUAAUACUACUAUCGCUCCUCGCCCCCAUUGUCUUCGUUCUUUCUGUCCUUCUCUCAGUACGCUUAAGUACACAUCACAUGCGACAGUUCCCUGCGAAAGGCGAAGAUCUGUUUCGUUAAAAAAAAAACUCUAAAUUCACCAACGGGAUCUAGAAAAGCACAGAUACCUGGCAGGACAGUUGGUCUGUUGCAGGCGCCGGGGGACGCAGAGGGUUCGAGUCAGUUUUUUUAGUGAAGCAUGCUUUCGAAGCAUCUGUCACACUCGAGCACUUUCCACACUCAGCGCACUUUACUGGCGCUGAUCAGGUUUAAACAUUUCCCGGAAAGCAGAAUGUGCUAAUUUCAAUCGCUCUCCGCACGACUUCACCCCGCCUAAAUCGAACACACUCAACUUGCGGAAUACAUUUUGACAGUGAAACCGAACGCUGCAAGCCAUUUCAGCUGGUGCUUUAAUUGGUGGUCAACCGCAUUAAUUUUCGCCCUAUGUUCAUCUGUAAUAAUGCUCAAAUGAUUAUUGGACAAGGUUUUUUUUCAAACAAAAGUGGCGAUCGUAACAGACCCCGCCGCCUUUACCUAACACACAAACCGCACAUCAAGCGUAAUAUCUUUCUCACCUGCACGCCGGUUAGGGCAUAAUUGUAUCGGCAGUCAAAUUCCACCCAUUUGCAGCGGUAUAAUGGACAUGCCAGCUCACCGCGGUAAGCAGACCGGGUGGGGGGGGGGGGGGGGGGGCAGGGAAGAUUACAAGCUCGUCUAUGGAGCAUCCCUCCAGGAGCUCGGCAUAUACAGUGCGUGACCUAUCUCACGAAAUCGUAUAACGGAAACUCAUGAGAGAAUUUCUAGACGCCUUUAACGAUGGGCAUUUUGUUCGCUCCUUCACUUAUUUCAAUAAAAUGUCCUUCUCUGAAACUCAGCGUAAUCCAAAACGAAGGAAAAGUGUAAAUUAGUUUAACGGAAGAAAAGUUCCCUCUAUACACAAAAUGGUAUGUUUAAGAUGACGCCUGUCCGUUCUAUUUAAAUUUAUGAGGCACCGACCGGCCACACAGCAUGUCACCUUUUGAAAACUGUUGUUCCUACGACGUCCCAAUCGGCGAAACCAAGCAACUUCCAGAUUCUCUUGUUGAACCCCAUCUCAUUUACUUCAAACAAAUAAGAAAAAAACAGGACUCACUGGAAAACUGUUUCGGAAUUUACACCCAGAAUAUAGGGAGUUGACAAAUCGUCAUAUAUGGAAUCACGCUACUUAUUAAACGAUAUUUAGAUGUAAACUUCACUAAAACACUGUUAUUAUACGUUAAUUCAUGUCUACUUUCAUAUUUAUUACCUUUUGGUAUGAUAAUACAUUCUGUACAUCUAAAAACGAAGUUUAAUUAAUUAGAGCCAUUUCUGACGUUUCCGGGAAAUUACGCUUUUCAAAAUAAAUUGGCAUUUCUAAAUAACGCAACACUGCCUUUCAUAUUUCUCGUAUGCUGUUAAUUCUUUUGAACUUGUACCUAAUUAACAUAGACAUUGGACUCAUUAAAUGGUGUCGGUUUGCGAGGGAUUGGUAAUCAUUCGUAAAUUUUGACAAAUUCCAAGAUUUAAGUCAUUAAUUGCAUUGAUUAGACGCAGGAUCGUGUGUGGCACGCGUAGACGGUUUGUCUACUGAGUCUGAACCCUUCUACUGUCAUCUUGACACUUUCCUGCCAUCAGAUCAGGAUGAAUGGCCGACGAGAGAGAAAGAGAGAGUACGAUGGAUGCUACGCAAGUUACCGGCGGACGUCGUCAUUGGCGAUGGAGGUUACGCGACAUUUCAGGGGGAGAAAAGUGGCCCGAAUAAAGUUAACCAUUUUGGGUCCACCUGUCCGGGUUUUUUAAUGAGUGACAAUAUUCCCUGCAUCUUUUGUCCUUCAGGCUACGUCAACGAGCAGGGCCAAUAUACCUGCCGCGGCUGCGAUCGAGUGUCCCCCCGGCUGCGUUCCAUGCAACAGCAUCUCCUGUCGCAUAGUGCAAGCAAAUUCAACCUCUGCGUCCAGUGCCUGAAGGGCUUCAACGACAAAUACGAUAUGAAACGCCAUACGCGGAAGCACACCUGUGAGUUGCUUGAAUGAAAAAUCGAAGAACCUCGAAUUAAUUUCGAGAGAAGCGGGAGACUCAGGGGCUGUAUAUUUCUGGCCUACCUAGGAUCAUUGGUCCUCUAUACCGAAUGUACCCGAUGCACGAACCCUUGGUCUAAUUACUCUAGAGGGCCUACGCCUUGUAGCCUACGAUGGGGACUGUUCAAGUUGCUUGGGAGUGACCUUGAUCGACCCGUCUGAAACAAGUAUGCAAGCCAUGUGUGAUGAACGCCAUUCUCAAAGGAGUAUGAUUAGAAUCCAGGGGAUGUGAUGCGCUCGUCUGUCUCCCGCUGUAUGCCUGGUAGGUGCAGUUGAAUAUACCGCAAUGAACUAAAAGUCGUGGUUUGAAGGUAACUAGGCCUUCCAAGAUGCAAUGGCUGCUCCUUAAUAGGGCCGCUAUGGCAACUUUCACGUCUAUAAGCGUCGAGGCCACCUUUUCGCGAAAGACUGUCUCAUGGAAAGGUAUCUACCGGGAAUAUAUGUAUAUAUUGAGAUGAGUCUUCACGAAGAGAAGGGGGACUUGGGCACCUAUUUUGUCGUCGUCAGCUAAUCUUACCCAAACCUAGGUCUUGGCCGUGUCUGCACCUCAGACUCGCGCUCUUUGGUCGUCAAACGUCAUUGCGUUCAACACAGUGUGUGACUGUCUGCCCUGGGCCUCAAGGCACAGUGAGGGGAGCAGGUCCCCUAACCCGAUUGGUGGGGGCAUCCUCAACCUAGCCUAUUUUCGCCCUACAACUGGAACGUGGCGGGGGCAGUGGAAGGAAGUGAAGAAGACUCUGUGCAUGUCCGCUUUGUUAUAUAUAUACAUCAACUUGCGAGUCGCUACUGCGCCCUUGGGGGCAGUUCAAUGGGAAACAUGGCAGUUAGUCAACUGCCCAACGUUUUACGUACUGCAAAGCGGUGUUAAGAGAAUUAGAUGUAAUUUUCCCCUUUCUCCAUUAUUCGGGAUACGAUUGACUUAAGCAAUGACGCCGAUCACUGACUAAGAAAUUGAAACACAGGUAGCGGAUGCGAUCGUGAAUAUGCCAUCUUUCGCAUACUACAGUGCGUGACCGAUCUCAGGAAAUGUUGGGCAAAAUUCUGGAAUGCGUUUCCGAUUAGAAAGGAUUACUUAAAUGGGGUUGUUAUGCAGCAUAACCCUAUAACAUUUCGGACUCAACAGGAUGUCGGCUUUUGAAGGCAUUUCUUUUUGAGCUCCUGCAGAAACCACACUCGGUAAAAAAUGACUACUUACGUAGCAUGCAUUUGCCCUAUUGAUUUUCGAUGGUCUUAUAAAUUCAAAUAUAUUUUACAGAAAACAUGCACAAAGAUAUGCUUUCUUUUGUUCAUUUGGUAGGAAAUCACAUUGUCGUCAUAUUUUAUACCCGAAGAAACUGUGUAUUUAAGUUUUAAAAAAGUUUCCCAAUUCCCGAAUAAUUUUCAGCCUGAUCUGCCAUUGCAUCAGCGUUUAAAAAGUUCAGUCUACAAGGUGCAUGCUUUCCGUGUAAGGAAAAUCAUAUAUUUGUCUAUGCCUUUAAGAAGAUACCACAUAGAGUUUACGAAAUUUUGCAAUGUAUCCGGACUGUGUUGUACAUUUCAUGAGGGGCAUUAGUAAACGGACAUGUGAGGUCUUGCGUGCAUGAACAUCGCACGGUCUUAAAAAUCUCAUAAUUAUAAACUUUUUUAAAACGUACAUGCAAACUUUCUUCGGGCAUGAACUAUGAAGAAAAUAUGAUUUCCUACCAAAUGAGCAAAAGAAAGCAUAUUUUUUAUCUAUGUUUUAUGCAAAAUAUGUUUGAAUUUGUAAGACAACUGAAAAUCAAUAGGAAAAAUGUAUGCUACUUGGGUAGCCAUUUCUUACCAAGUGUGGUUUCUGCAGGACGUCAGAAAGAAGUGUAUUCAAAAGCCGACACCCUGGCGAGUCCGAAACGUUAUAGGGUUAUUCUGCAUGAUAAUCAGUAUAACAACUCCACUUAAGUAAUCCUUCCUAAUCGGAAACGCAUUCCAAAAUUUUAGCGAACAUUUCAAGAGGACGGUCACACACUGUAAGACAAUUUUCCUUCCGUAAAAUUACUCCGUGGUUUUUGAUACCGGUGAAAUUUGUCGGCAGUCCUUGGAAGGUCAGCAAAUACUUGAUAGUUUUACGUGUUCUCCGUCGACUCUACUAGAUGAUAAAUUCUGUGUUUUAUUUUUAGCAAGACGAUAGGCCACGCGAACAGUACGGGUGGCUCAAUGUCAAAUUUAGAGGAGAUUAUGGUGUAGGUUUGGAGUAAAGGAUAGGGGAAUGACAAUAGGUACCCUUACUGGAAUUUAGCGUAAGGCCACCUGUGUUGCUUGGGAGCGGGAGGGGGGUGCCUACUUUCGUGUCAUACCAUAAAAAUAUCAAAAAUUAAACGAUCGAUUUGUCGAUCUGGCGCCGGCUUACAGAGCCCUGCGCAGUCACCUCCGGUCUUGUGCCGUCGGUCGAUGAUUGGCUAACACGCCCCAUAACUGUCGCUUGUUCUGUUGCUGCCGAUAUCUUUGACGAUGCACUCCUGCAAGAGGUAGAAAACCCAGAACAAUAAACUGACUGUCCCGGUGCGCGACCGCCCUUCUUCUUCUUCUUCUUCUUCUUCUUCUUCUUCUUCUUCUUCUUCUUCUUCUUCUUCUCCCUCUUCAAUUCCUAAAGGGAUUUGCCCAGGUAGUGAGUCCUCGGACGUUAGUUUUUGCACAGAUAGUAGUUUGUUUAAUCCAUCAGCCGAGAAAACAGUUAUAUUACAGCACCGUCUGUAGUCCUCGAAAGUGUACCGACCUGGAUGACUUGGACCUCGUCUCCUCGCAUGUUGUCUUAAAGUCCGACGACGUCGUCAUCAAUUCACGUUAACUUCCAAUCCUGUUGAUUGUUCCUUCGAGUCUCUCCUUCGGAGGUUAAUGUAGAAGGCAUCCCGUAGCCUUUACUUCUCCAUCUAAGGCGCUCCUUGCACAGCGCCUGUCUCGCCAUCUCGUGCACCUAUGCAUUUGCGCCCAGACACACAGGUUGUUUUGUCUUCGUUCACUCCCAGCCUGCCUUUCCUGCCUGCCUAGUUGUGAAGCCCUACCGAUGUCCGGAGUGCAGUCGCAGUUUCACCCAACGCUGUUCCCUUGAGGGCCAUCGCAAGAAGAUUCAUCACGUCCGACUGGACUAUGCUCGAAACGAGCGCCGGGAGUCGGUGCGUGUGUGCGAACGAUGCGGCUUCUCCUGUGCCGAGCUGGCCGAUCUCCUCCAGCACACGGAGAGCCUGCAUCCGGGGGACCCCGGACUGCCCCGACUCCGACGUCAACUAGCCCGUCAGCAGCAACAGCAGAAGGAGCGCAGGACCUGA